UUUUCUUUUAGCUUGCUUUUCCGGAUUUAUUCAAGUUUGUAAUUCUCUCUCACUUCUUUCCGGAAUUCUCUUACACUUAAAUUUUUGUUUUUAUCUUUUUCCGGAAUGUUUCCACAAUUUUACAUACUAUUUUUACGUCCCGUUAUAUUUAUUUCAAUUUUUGCUUCCCUUUAUGUUUAUCCUCUCAAGUGAUAUAAAAUUAUAUAUUCUUUUUAUAUUUUGGCCCUUAUUUUUUCUAAAAUUAUUUUUUCUUUAUCCCUCCUUAUUCUCCAUCUGUUCCUUUUCCUUCUUUUAUUUUUAAAUUUUCCUCAAUAAUUAAUUGAGCUUGGCAUUCCUUCAGUUAUAAAAUAUUAAUAGGGCUUGCGCAUCUUUUUAUUGCCCAUUCUCUCUCUUUCCUCUCAUCCACCGCUCUUUUAUUAUUAUUUUUAAAUUAAAAAAGAAGUCUUUAAGACUAAUAAAAAUAAAUAUAUAUAGAAAGAUUUAGUAUUUAUAUUCAAAAAUUUUUAUUCAAAAAAAUUUUUCCAAUGAGGGUAGAGGGGAAUAGAGCUGAGGGGGGGGGGUUGCUUAGGUCAACGGCAACAGCUUGGAGAGGGAAAAAGCGGUGAAUUAAUGAGUUAGUUUGUGGAUUGUUUUUAAAAGGGGAAAAUCUUUGAGCAAUCUUUAUAGUGCUAUUAUCAUAUGUUGCUUUGAAAAAUAAAAGAGAGAAACUGCUAGGCAAUUUACUCAUUUUCUAGGUAGAUCUUGGGUUAAAGUUGCCUAUAGGGGAUUAUUCAACAUGUGUGUGUUCUGCUUUUGUAUUUUUUUUUCCAUGGACAGACAGACAGAUGUUGUCUUUGUUGUUGCGCAGAAGCAACUGGGAAGCAGAUUUAAGUGUUUGGGGGAAUUUAGAGGAGACUAUAAUGGAAUUUUUUGGAAGUGUUUUUGAAUUUAUCUCAAUUUCCAAAGAUAGCCUUAAGGCAAAGAAAAUGAACUGAGACAAUUUUUUAAAUAAAGAUGAUGACAAGAUGAUUGAGUUGAGAACAAUAUGUGUGUGUUUGUGACGCCAUAUCUUAGGACAUUCUAAUGAUUGAGGGUAAAAAGUCAUUAAGGGGAGAAAAAUAGCA